GGGCACGAGAGCAACAAAGUCGUCUGUUCUUGCUUCAAUUAUAACAGCUGAAUACUAGAGGUACUCGGCACUUUUCUUGUGACCGGAGCUUGCUUUUUACUCUCGCGCGACAGCUGUUUCGUUUGAUUCUGGCAGGCUACUGUUCCUGGCAAGAUGGCGCCUUCAGAUCGGCAGGGAAAGAGCGUUUUCCUGGGGAAUAUUCCGUACAACCUUACUGAGGAGCAGGUCAAGGACAUUCUCAGUUCUGCCGGUACGGUCACGAAAUUCCGCCUGAUGAUCAACCCCGAGACAGGAAAACCGAAAGGAUAUGGGUUUGCCGAUUUUGCCGAUGCAGACGCUGCUGCCUCCGCCGUGCGCAAUCUGAACGACUACGAGAUCAUGGGGCGGAAAAUCCGCGUGGAUUGGCCUCACAACAACGAGAAGGACUCGGUGCCGCUGGACUACUCGCAGCAACCGCAGGUGGCCAUGACCGGCCAGGAUAGUGGGAUACCAACCCAGCAGUCGAGCUCUUCUCUGCCCCCCCUGCCGCCUGGGGUUGAACUGCCACCACACCUCGACUGUCCGAACGCCAUCUCGCAGACGCUCUCGAGCCUGCCCCCGAACCAGCUGCUGGAUGUGCUGGCGCAGAUGAAACAGUUGGCCGUGGCAGACCCUGCGCGGGCGACGGAGCUGCUGCGCCAGGCCCCGCAGCUCGCAUAUGCCAUCUUCCAGGCCCUGCUCCUCAUGAAUCUCGUCGACUAUAGCACUCUUGGAUCGGUGGUGGAGCAAGCGUCGCAGCCAGCGCCCCCCCCGGCGGCCCAGGCAUACCAGCCGUACCAAGGAGGAGCACCCGCUCAAAUAUCGACCCCGCCGGUGGCGAGCACGCCAUUUGCGCCCCCUCCUGCCGUCCAAGCGCCGCCGCCUCAGCAAGUACCUGGCCAAGAGGAACUGCUGCAGCAGGUCCUCAGCAUGCCUCAAGCAGCCAUCGAUGCCCUGCCUCCAGUAGAACGCGGCCAGAUCAUGCUUCUCAGACAGCAGCUUAUGCAGGGAGGCAUGAGGUAGUAAAAGUUGCAGGGAAAAAAAGGCCGCUUUUUGAUAAUUUCAUUCCCAUGGGUUUGUGGUGGUGCAGAUGUUUCAAUCUCAGGGUGGUAUGGCGCACGAGGAACUUUACAUAGCUACUACUUAUUGUGUUUCGAGGGCCGCUCAUUUCAUGUACUUACGGAGCAGUCUUCAUGCAGUUUAAUGAACUUGACUUGAUACUUUUGGUCCUUAUUGCAACAGAAGACGAUCACCAAUAUAGUUAUAUGAACACGCAAUGUUAUACUGGACUCGGC